ACAGCCAUUACUUAUUCAUCAUCAUCAAAAGCGGCACCGAGAAUUUUAUCAAAUAAAAAAAACAAAAAAAAAACAGCAUAGAAAAGUACUAGGGUUCAAUAUAAUAACAAUUUAAUAAAUUAUAGGAACGACACGACACAAGAGAACAGAACAGAAGAGAGAGAAAAUUGUAAAAGCAUCGAUAUUUUCAUUUUCUGUAACGGAACAUUUUUGAGUUGGUUUGUUCAUAACUGUGUAGAGACGAAAACUGCCACUCAUUUUUACAAAGAGACAGAACACAAAGGUUACUUACAACGUUAACGUCGUUGAUUCUUCCGCCGAAUUUUUUUUAUCUUCUUCUCAAAAAAUUAUCUAUAAACUUUCUUUUUUCUUCUUCUUUUUCUUUUUAACUUAAUUUUAAAAGCGCGUUUAGAAAGAACGCACGUUUUGUGUUUCUUUGCUUAUCUACUAAGAUUUCGAUUGAAAAGUGAUUUGAUUAAUCGCCGAUCUACGUGUGUUAAUCGACAUUUCUUUUUGUGGUUACUGAGGAUCGGUGGUUUCAUCGAUCGAUCUGGUUUUGAUUGAUUGAUUUCCCCCCUUUUGGAGUGAGAAAACCUAGACGCGAAAAUGUGGUGGAUGAUGGCGGAAAACGGUGGAAAUUACUGUUCUAAGAAGAGUGAUGAUUUGUGUAGCAAUGUUUGUGGCCAGGAAUCAAGUCAAGUAUCGGGCAUGUCAAGAAUCCGCUGCAUUUUGCGCGGUUUGGAUGUGAAAACCUACAUAUUCCUGUUUGCAUUUGUUCCAAUGUGCAUCUUUGGAAUAUAUAUACAUGGACAGAAAAUCUCUUACUUUCUGCGGCCACUAUGGGAAAAACCACCUAAGCCUUUCAAUGUUAUCCCUCAUUACUAUAACGACAAUGUUACCAUGGAGAAUCUAUGUAGACUUCAUGGCUGGGGAGUUCGUGAGUAUCCAAGGCGUGUUUAUGAUGCUGUGUUGUUUAGUAAUGAGAUUGAAAUACUUACCUUGCGUUGGCAAGAAUUGUACCCCUACAUAACUGAAUUUGUGCUCCUCGAGUCAAACUCUACAUUUACUGGAUUGCCUAAGCCUCUAGUUUUCAGCGGUAAUAGGGACCAGUUCAAAUUUGUUGAACCCCGGUUAACUUAUGGGACUAUUGGUGGGAGAUUUAAGAAAGGAGAAAACCCGUUUGUUGAGGAAGCAUAUCAGCGUGUAGCAUUGGAUCAACUCCUUAAGAUUGCUGGUAUUACAGAUGAUGACUUGUUGAUUAUGUCUGAUGUGGACGAGAUACCAAGUGCUCACACUAUUAACCUCUUGAGAUGGUGCGAUGAAGUACCUUCUGUCUUGCAUCUACAGCUGAAGAAUUAUCUUUAUUCGUUUGAGUUUCUUCUGGAUGAUAAGAGCUGGAGGGCUUCGGUUCACAGGUAUCAGUCGGGAAAGACAAGAUAUGCACAUUAUCGCCAGUCUGACAUUAUGUUGGCAGAUGCUGGUUGGCAUUGUAGCUUCUGCUUCCGACGUAUCAGUGAUUUCAUUUUUAAGAUGAAAGCUUACAGCCAUUAUGAUAGAGUUAGGUUCUCUCACUAUCUAAAUCCUGACAGAAUUCAGAAAGUAAUCUGCGAAGGGUCUGAUCUAUUUGACAUGCUGCCUGAGGAGUACACUUUCAAGGAGAUCAUCGGUAAAAUGGGCCCAAUACCCCAUUCAUAUUCUGCAGUUCACCUUCCUGCUUUCCUUCUAGAAAAUGCAGAGAAGUAUAAAUUUCUCUUGCCUGGAAAUUGUAUGAGAGAGAGAUGAUAUGAGAAAAUCAUUUAAAGGUACAGGCUUUUUGUUAAGUUUGUUGCUUGUGCUACUCAAGUGGUUCUUUGUAGGAGUUUUUCACCGAGGUUGUGAUGAUUGUGUGUGACUCACGCGGGGCAAUAUUAUUGUCCAGUGAGAUAUUCUUUGGGAAAUUCAUUGAGUUCUUCAGACAAAUUCUUUGAUCUAGAGGGAAUUUCUGUAUAUAAUUUAGAGUUGAACUUCAUUCAAAGGGGAGCAGCAUCUAUUCUAACCAGCGAUUGGAAGUGCCGCUUGCCUUUGUGAACUUCUGUGUUUAUUUGGUAUCAGUGUGGCUGAUACCCAGAUAUACAGUAGAGUAGUUUAAAAUUCUCCAUCUUUUUCCUGUUUUUGGGAAGUUUUGUUUUGCAGACCCAUUUUUAUUCUUAUUAUUCUUUGUCUAUGCUAAAUAUGUCUAAUUUUGGUUGCUUGGUCCA